GAGGCGGGUGUCCUGCAGCUCUCGGGCGUGGAAGAUCUGGAUGAAAUUAAAUCCCGGAGGAGGGCCAUUUUCCAGAGGACCCAAGAAGUAUGAGGUUGACUUGCAGGUAUCCUGGAAGAGAUGGAGUGAUCAGUCAAUCUUUCAAUGAGCCCCCAUGGACCCCCUGAACCUGUCCUGGAUCGACGAGGACCCGGACGGCGGGAACUGGAGCCGGCUGGUCAAUGGGUCCCGGACGGGGGACGGGACCACGCACUACAACUACUAUGCCAUGCUGCUCACCCUGCUCAUCUUCGUCAUUGUCUUCGGCAACGUGCUAGUGUGCAUGGCCGUGUCGCGGGAGAAGGCGCUGCAGACGACCACCAACUACCUGAUCGUCAGCCUGGCCGUGGCCGACCUCCUGGUGGCCUCCCUCGUCAUGCCCUGGGUGGUCUACCUGGAGGUGGUGGGCGAGUGGCGGUUCAGUCGGAUCCACUGUGAUAUCUUCGUCACCCUUGACGUCAUGAUGUGCACAGCCAGCAUCCUCAACCUGUGCGCCAUCAGCAUCGACAGGUACACAGCCGUGGCCAUGCCCAUGCUCUACAACACCCGCUACAGCUCCAAGCGCCGGGUCACCGUCAUGAUCACCGUGGUCUGGGUCCUGUCCUUCGCCAUCUCCUGCCCGCUGCUGUUUGGCCUCAACAAUACCGCCCAGAAUGAGUGCAUCAUCGCCAACCCGGCCUUCGUGGUGUACUCCUCCGUCGUGUCUUUCUACGUGCCCUUCAUCGUCACGCUCCUCGUCUACGUCCAGAUCUACGUUGUCCUGCGCAAGCGCCGCAAGAGGGUCAACACCAAGCGCACGGGCCUCGGGAUGGAGUCCGACACACAGGUCCCACUCAAGGACAAGUGUGCCCACCCGGAUGACGUGAAGUUGUGCCCGCUCAUCGCCAAGUCCAACGGAAGCUUUCCGACCCACAAGAGGAAAGUGGCCCCGCUCACCCACCAGGCCCCACCUGUUCACCCACCACUGCCCGGCCAUUCCAUCCCGGUCCAGGAGGCGGCAGCGGACAUGAUGUCCAGCACCAGCCCACCCGAGAAGACCAAGUACUCUCCAGCGGCCCCCAGCACCCUCCCACUGGCCGCCCCCGCCCCCUCGCAGCCGGGCGCCCCCUCCACAGGACCCACCGACAGCCCCCCGCGGCCACAGAGGAACGGCCUGGCCCGGGGGGCCCCCAGGGUGGCCAAGAUGUUCGAGAUCCAGACCCUGCGCAACGGCAAGAUGCGGACGUCGCUCAAGGCGUUGAGCCGGCGGAAAUUGUCCCAGCAGAAGGAGAAGAAGGCCACGCAGAUGCUGGCCAUCGUGCUCGGCGUGUUCGUCAUCUGCUGGCUGCCCUUCUUCGUCACCCACAUCCUGAACAUUCACUGUGACUGCGCCAUCCCCCCCGCGCUCUACAGCGCCUUCACGUGGCUGGGCUACGUCAACAGCGCGGUCAACCCCAUCAUCUACACGACGUUCAACGUCGAGUUCCGCAAGGCCUUCCUGAAGAUCCUGCACUGCUGACCCCCAGCCUGCCCCCCGCCGCCACCCGCUCGGCUGUCCCCUGCUUCCUGGGGAGGGGGGUGUUGCGGUGGGCCGCAGGACUGACCCUCGGGCCUCCCCCCCCCAGGCCCUCCCCCUGGGUUGGAGCAGCCGGACUGUCCGUAGCUGGGCUGAGGGAGAGGAAUGCUGGGGUCUAUCCCCGUCCCCAACCCCGCCCCAGUACUUCUUCUCAUUGUCCACCCGUGGAGCGAGAAUGUGGGGCUGGGGGACUUGCAGGGCUGGAGGGGAGCCUGACUCCCCGAACCCACACCUGCCAGCCCAGGACCGUGCAGUCGAUUGACCUCUUACCUGGUCCUGGGGGUGGGAUGGGGGAAGUGGGGUCAGGUCUGACCCAGGUCCCAGGACCUGCUCCUCCUCCUGCAGUCUGGCCUGAGCAGCCGGCCUCAGGUGAGGGGUCUUAAGAUAUUCCAUCCCUGGGAUGACCCUCUAACCCCCGACACAUGGGGUUGAUCCUUAAACCCCCAGCCCCUCUGGACAGGACUGAGGAUUGGACCACACUGCCGGGGCUUGAGCUAGAGGCCCAUCCUGGCUGCUGCAGGGCUCAGCUCCCUGUGCCCACCUCUGCCAACCCAGGACUGGGCAGCCAUCCGUCUGUCCAUCUGUCUGAGUCUUUUGUAAGCUCGAUCGCUGUACAGACAAUAAAGAGGCCUGGGGUGCCCCUGCA